CGUGUGAGGGAGAAAUAGAGGAGAAAGACCUGGUGGGGAGAGAAAGACAGAGGGAGGGAUAGAGCGAGAGGAGCGAGAAACAUACUGCAAGCAAUUGAAGCAUAGCCAGUCUGCAGAAAGGAGAAGGUGUAUUGUAAGAGAGAAUAAAGGUACAUGUUCUGUUAGCAAUAGCUGGGUGAGAAAAAUAGGGCACAAAAUCGGAGUACAGCAGAGAAGAGUAUAGAGAUUCAAAAUGGAUAUACAGUCAGAGAGUAGCGAACUCUCUCCGUGCGACCCACAGCCUGCUGGAAAAAUCAGAAAGGCCUUCAAGCUGUUUGGGAAGCGAAAGCCAGGCAGCAUCUUCUCCAUGCGCGGCAAAGGCGAGGGGAACAACAAGUCACCUAUCGCCAGGAGCAAGACAGUGGAAGGAUUAACGGAGUCCACAGCAGCGGAGCAGGAGCUGGAGAAGGAGACCGAGAAGGAGGAGGAACCAGAGGUGAGUCAUAGAGAGGAGGAGGAAGCCCUGGAGGAGCCCCUGGGUGAUGCUGGAGAUCCCGCCAUCCCUUCUGCUGGCCGUCCCUCCAUCUCCUCUAUGACCUCUGCCAAAUCCCUCAGCUUCCUGAUGAAGUUGCGGCGCAGCCGUCGAGGAGGACCAGACCGGAGGUUCCGUACAGAGUCCCAGCCAAAGGUACGCCAGCGUCGGGGCCUGAAGGGUCUCUUCAACAGUCUGGCGUGGAACCAGCGAGAGAAGGAGGCCAGGGACGAGGCCGAGACCCCCCCGAGCCCCCUCCUCAUGUCGUCCCGUACAAACAGCGUGGAGAUCAUCAAGGAAGACAUGACUUUGACUCCCAGACCUGCGCCUCGCAGCCAGGAUGUCCCAGAGCCUGAGCCUGGACAAGAGUCCCCUGUUUCAUUGAAGAGCCCCACAGUGAAGGAGAGCUCAGCCUCAAGCUCAUCAGAGACGACGGCUCCCUCAGUGACUACAGACAGCGUCACGGAAUCUAAUGAGGAUGUACUGCCGCCUCUGCCCACCACUGAACCACCACCCUUGGAUCCUGCUGUGGACCGUCUGAGCUCGCUGCUUGCAGACAUCUCCUCUCUGAUAAGCUUCGACUCGUUGACAGGAUGUGGAGACAUUUCUGCUGAAGUGGAGGCGGAGUGGGGCAAAGCCUGCCCUACUGUCGGGACUGGACCUGGGACCAAGGGAGCUGUGGCUGGAGAGAAAUCCUCAUCAACUACUCUUUCAGCAAAACCUACCCCUAUUUCUAAACCUUCCCCUAUUUCUAAACCUAUCCCUAUUUCUAUACCUACCCCUAUUUCUAAACUUAUCCCUAUUUCUAUACCUACCCCUAUUUCUAAACCUACACCUAUUUCCAAACCUACCGCUACUACUAAAGCUACCCCUUCACCUACACCAACCCCUGUUCCUACUGCUACUACUAAAUCUAGUCCAACCCCUAUCCCAACACUUACUUCUAAAUCCAAACAUACCCCUUCCUCUUCCCCCAUCACUAAACCUACCCCCACCUUUACCCCUACAACCAAACCUACCCUUUCGCCUUCCCCCACCACUAAACCUACCCCCACCUUUACCCCUACAACUAAACCUGAACCUACCAGCUGGUCGAUCAAACCUGAACCUUCCCCCAUUGUGACAACCAAAUUCUCAACUAUCCCCACAACUAUAACUAGCCCUACCACUAAAUCAAGCCCUACCCCUUUAACAAACCCCCCUCCACCAACAACAAAAUCCACCCCAAGCCCUGCCCCUUUAUUCAAAACUUCCCCAGUAGUUACUCCACCUCCUGCCCCUGUAUCCAAACCUUCCCCAGUAGUUACCCCACCUGCUGCCCCUGUAUUCAAACCUUCCCCAGUAGUUACCCCACCUCCUGCCCCUGUAUCCAAACCUUCCCCAGUAGUUACCCCACCUCCUGCCCCUGUAUCCAAACCUUCCCCAGUAGUUACCCCACCUGCUGUCCCUGUAUCCAAACCUUCCCCAGUAGUUACCCCACCUCCUGCCCCUGUAUCCAAACCUUCCCCAGUAGUUACCCCACCUCCUGCCCCUGUAUCCAAACCUUCCCCAGUAGUUACCCCACCUGCUGUCCCUGUAUCCAAACCUUCCCCAGUAGUUACCCCACCUGCUGCCCCUGUAUCCAAACCUUCCCCAGUAGUUACCCCACCUCCUGUCCCAGCCCCAGUGGCCAAACCAGCUUCUGUAACCAACCCUGCCACUCUUUCACCAGCCACUUUCACCUCUGCCCCACCCCCCAAAAUGAUCUCAGUCCCAUGUCUGGAUUCCACUAACGCACCUCCCACCCUAACAUCAUUUUAUCCUACGGCUGUCCCGAGCUCAGCAUUUAAAAUCCCCUAUAUCCCAGUUCCAGUGCCAGCCUCAGUCACUAGCCCUGCUCCUGUCCAAACCUUGUCUCCAAUUCUAGCUGACUCAAAGGCUCCCUCUGCCCCUACUCCAAAAUCAGGCCCAAUGUCUAAGACUCCCCCGUUUCCUACCCCUGUCCCUACCCCAACUCCAGUCCCUAUGUCAAAGACUCCCCCGUUUCCUACCCCUGUCCCUACCCCAACUCCAGUCCCCAUGUCUAAGACUCCCCCGUUUCCUACCCCUGUCCCUACUCCAACUCCAGUCCCCAUGUCUAAGACUCCCCCGUUUCCUACCCCUGUCCCUACUCCAACUCCAGUCCCCAUGUCUAAGACUCCCCGUUUCCUACCCCUGUCCCUACCCCAACUCCAGUCCCUAUGUCUAAGACUCCCCGUUUCCUACCCCUACUCCCCGUUUCCUACCCCUGUCCCUACCCCAACUCCAGUCCCUAUGUCUAAGACUCCCCCGUUUCCUACCCCUGUCCCUACCCCAACUCCAGUCCCUAUGUCUAAGACUCCCCCGUUUCCUACGCCUGUCCCUACCCCAACUCCAGUCCCUAUGUCAAAGACUCCCCCGUUUCCUACGCCUGUCCCUACCCCAACUACAGUCCCUAUGUCUAAGACUCCCUCUACCCCUGCCUCAUUCCCUUCUAUGCCCUCUCCUGUUCUCUUCCUUGCCCCUGUGCAGUGUACACCCCUUGCCUCUGGUCAGGUGAAGGGUGGUGAGCGCAAGGCCUCUCUAGAUACAGGAGAGGACAUGACGAGUCCAAACGGCAUGGAUGUGCGGGGUGCCUGGAACAAUUCACCCAAGAGAGAAGAGAAAGGCCUCGCUUCACAGAAUGAGGCACACAUGGACCCCCAGGGCCCCCCCACAGAGAAGAAGACACCCCCAGUGAAGGCAGCGGGGCUCAGUAAGAUCCCUGUCUGCGGUGGAGGCAGGGCAGGCAAGCUGCCACUCCGUGAGUCCCAGUCCACUGACGACGAGGGGAGCUGGGACCCACCUACUCCAGGGCAGGAAGAGGGGAGUCCAUGCCCCAGCAUACGCCACGGAGUCAGCAAAGACACAAUUAGUAACUCCUCUGCUGAAGCUGAAGUUGAGGCCAGUCAUGUAAAACAUAGCCCAGAGGAGAGUCGUCAGCUCCGCCAACCUACAGUCUACAGCAGUAUACCGCGUGACUCCAAGAUCCCUGUCAAGCUGGGAGUCCAGUCCAACACCACUGUCCCCCAAGGAGCUAAGGAGCCCCCACGCUCCAAGAUACCCUUGUCCAAGGUUCCUGUCCGCAGGACCGGCAAUAAACCCACAGCCACCACAGCUGCAAGCGCUCAAAAUAGAAAAUAAAGAUAAGAGACUGCUUCAAACACAAACACCGAAAUGGCUGCUUUCCUCCAAAAUCACUCUUUUAAUAUGAUCACAUGGACACCCUUUGCAUCCUUUUUUUGUACUGUAUAUUUACAAGGAGAGUCAAAUAUCUUCAUGAUUCUCUCAAAUGGCACUCUAUCCCACAUUGUUUUCGUCUCUCUGCUGUAGCACACCACCAUCAGCUCCAGAGCAACACAGACAUCGAGGCUGAGGCUCAAGCACAACAACACACAAGCGCAACAACACAUCUCCCCCGGGAACCAAAGGAAGGACUGUGACUCCCUUGUAUUGUGCCAACAUGACAGAUGCAUUCAACCAAGGUGCAGGUCUAAACCUGGAGUAGAACGGUGAUUGAGGAGGACGGUCGUAACAAAGGGUAUUCUGGGAUGUAUUGUUAAAGGAUGCACGGGUAUGGUAGCAUACCAAGGUCAGAAACAACCGCAUAUGGAAGAGAGUAUCUUUCUAAGGUGCUUUUUUUUUUCCUACAGACUAUCAGAGUGAAAUAAAUCAACUUUUUCUACAACACUUUUUAUCUUUUGUUACUCCCUCUUUUUUGUAGAACUGUCUAAAAUACCCUGUCUUAUUUUCCUGCAAUUCCUUUUGAUAAGUGAUACUGUAGUCCUUUUUUCCCCCUUCGUCAUGCCAAGAGAGGGUCCAGACCUCUGAAGAAAAUGCAACAACCCACACCAACAUCCUAUAACAUCCCUGGAUGUAUGUAGCAGAAUGCAUGUCAACAUGAGCCAGCGGACUCCUUUCCUCUACUUUCCUUCAUUCAUUCUUUUGACACUGUGUGGAAUCAUACAGCGCCUGCCUGCCUGCUCAUAAGUAACACUGUCAAUCACACUGUGAACUUUGGGAAAGACUUGUGCUCUGGAUGGAGUUCAUUAUGGAUAGGGUGGCCCCUGUGUAAGGUUGGAACAGUGGGUAAGCCUGUAUAACAGACCCUGUCAAGUUUGAGUGGAUCCCGAGAGCAUCAGUUUUCGGAGGGGUGCAAUCCCUUUGCUAAUCCCACUAAUACAUAGUCAUGCUCAGAUGAGGACAAUAUCUGUGUGUAUACAUGACCUAUGCUGUUCUGUUUCUUAUUUAAUCAAUAAAAUAAUGUGAGUACACUGUAUGUCACCUGAAAACAA